AUGUCCUUGGCACGGACACAGGCUCGUACCCAGCUGCCAGCUUUCGCCGCUUUCUCUACCUCUGCGCCUGUCCGCCACGCAUCACCCUUCCCUGCUACCCCUGUACCCGCGGGUUUCCGUCCAAAGUCUGAUCCCAAUUUCAAAGAGGAGAGCGCUUUGGACAAGGCCGGUCAUUUCUUCUUGAUGACUGAGAUGAUGAGGGGAAUGUACGUCGUCAUGGAGAACUUUUUCCGCGCACCAUACACCAUCUUCUACCCCUUCGAAAAAUCUUACUUCUCCCCCCGUUUCCGUGGUGAACACGCUCUCCGCCGUUACCCCUCCGGCGAAGAACGCUGUAUCGCCUGUAAACUCUGCGAAGCCGUUUGCCCGGCCCAAGCCAUCACCAUCGAAGCCGAGGAGCGUGAAGACGGCGCACGUCGUACCACGCGUUACGAUCUCGACAUGACUAAGUGUAUCUUCUGCGGUCUUUGCCAGGAGUCGUGUCCGGUUGAUGCUAUUGUCGAGACUCCCAAUGUGGAUUACUCGACCGAGACGCACGAGGAGUUGUUGUAUAACAAGGAAAAGUUGUUGGCGAAUGGUGACAAGUGGGAGGGUGAGCUCGCGAGAGUGAUCGAGGCCGAUCACCUUUACCGUUGA